AUGCACUCUGGGCGCCCUGUCGAAACGGACGUCAGACCGGCCACGGCAGAGGUGGCCAGUGAUGCGCCGGCCUAUGGCGCGGGGUGCCGCGCGCUGCGCACGUGCCGCAGCAGCGAGCUCUUGUCGCGGAAGGGGCGCGCGCACGCGCUGCACGCGAACACGUGGCCGCUGUGGGCGCGCAUGUGCCGCGACAGCCCUGCGCCAAUCCACUCUCAUUGGACCGUCCGGAGCCGCUUGGCA